CUCAAGUUGUCUCCCUCUUCUGCUGACAGACUUGAAUAUUAUAAUUAUAUUUUUUUAUUUUAUUUAUCAAAAUAGCAUGAGAAUCAGGUGAGCAUCAAAACUUUUAAAUCCCUACUGUGGUUCAUUAUAAUAUUAUCAUUCUCAGCGCACAAUGUACUGUGGCCUAGUUAUCAGAAACAGGCUACUCCUGCAGGGCAUAGACAUUCACACCUGUAGCCAAUUUAGCCGCCUGUCAGUCAAUGAACGCCCCCAAGGCUCCCACUUGUUGCUAAAAAAAUCCUGCCUCUGUUCCUACAUGAUCAAUCAUGGAUGAAGAUUCAGCAUUGGAGAGUUAUUUUGAUGACCCAAUUGGAAAUGUACCCGAUGCCUCUGGCUUCCUGUUUGAAGGAGACCUGGGCUUGCAGGGCGCCCCUCAGCUCCAGGACCCAUCCUUUCUCUCCUCGUUGAGCCAACCAGAGAAGGACAUUGGGGAGGAUCUGGAUCUCAGCUUCCUGCCUGAUGACCUGCCAGAGGACACCUGUGGAAAUGCUGCAACUAAUGCUAACAUGACACAAGACCGCGUGUUCGAUGGCUACAGGCCUGAGGAGUCUGCUGAGACUGACCCUAACCAGUCGGCCAUGACCGGAAGCUCUACCUUCUGUCCCAUGACGCCUAUGACCCCCAUGACUCCAGUGGCUGAGAGUUCUGGAAUAAUCCCCAUGUUACAGAAUAUUGUAUCUACAGUGAAUCUGGCUUGCCCACUGGACCUGAAAUCCAUCGCUCUUCAAGCCAGAAACGCUGAGUACAACCCCAAGCGUUUUGCUGCUGUCAUUAUGAGAAUACGGGAACCUAGGACCACAGCACUCAUCUUCAGCUCCGGAAAGAUGGUCUGCACAGGAGCCAAGAGCGAGGAGCAGUCUCGACUGGCUGCCCGCAAGUAUGCUCGUGUGGUGCAGAAAUUGGGCUUUCCCGCCAAAUUCCUGGACUUCAAGAUCCAGAACAUGGUGGGGAGUUGUGAUGUCUGCUUCCCCAUUCGGCUGGAGGGUCUGGUGCUGACUCAUCAGCAGUUCAGCAGUUAUGAGCCAGAGCUGUUUCCUGGUUUGAUCUACCGUAUGGUGAAACCACGUAUUGUCUUACUGAUCUUUGUGUCUGGAAAAGUGGUUCUGACAGGGGCUAAGGAACGUGGAGAGAUCUAUGAAGCCUUUGAGAACAUCUACCCCAUUCUGAAAGGAUUCAGAAAGCAAUAAGUAGUUCAAUUAUAAUGCUGAUAUGGGUGAAUAAAAUUAAUCUACAUUUAUUUACAAACAUGAAUAUGUAAAAAAAAAAAUCAUUUUGUGUGUUGGCUAUACUUGUGGAAAGUGUGUAUGGUGCACUUAUGUACUUUUAUAAUUUUGUAAUGGUGGAUGGAUGAAUCUGUAAUGUAAUAUUGACCAUCUCAGAGAAAUUAAUAAAAGCAAUGUUUGCAUGUAAUACAUCUAACCCAUUCGUAGACGCUAAGCACCUUUAGCGCCUAUUGACGAUAGUAUCACAGGAUGUAUAAAUCUGAAGCAUCCGGUUGGCAUUUCUACUUGCCACCAAAUAUGGUGGUGAGUGAAUUUUGGCCGACAUUCGGCAAAUUUUCUCAUGGAUGUAACU